CCGCCUCCGGAUCGCUGGGACUUUGCGCUUCCCCCGCUGACACCCCCACCCCCCCCCCGCUCUCUCCCCGCGGGGGCUUCCUCGCACGGUUCCCACCGGCCUCUUCCCUUCGCUACCCGGGCCAGGAUGUCGGAAAAACGCGUCGAGGAGGCGCCGGCGGAGCUGAGCGCUAAGGAAAUGAAAGAAAAGAAGGAAAAACUUGAGGAGAAAGCAGUCCACAAAGAAAAGAAGAAGGAGAUAGUAGAGGAUGAGGAAAAUGGAGCUGAAGAGGAUGCAGAAGAGAAUCCUGAUGAUGUGGAUGAAGAAGAAGGUGGUGAUGAGGAUGAAGAAGGAGACGAGAACGGGCAAGAGCAGGAUGGUCAUGCAGAAAAACGAUCUGCAGAGGAGGAAGAGGAUGAAGUGGAUCCAAAGAGACAGAAGACAGAAAACGGGUCUUCAGCUUGAGUCCUCCCCUCCCAUCUCCUCUGUUCCGUCCAUCUCUCCUCCUCCGUUCCAGCCUGUGCUUGCACUGUCUGUUAG